AUGCGCCUUAUCAUCGCCUUCGCGCUCCUCGGAGCGGCCCUGGCCGGAAAGGCCGCCCAGAGUUGCCGUAGUAGUUCGGAUUGUGAUAGGAAUUUCAUCUGCGAAAGAGGAUACUGCCAAGACCCGAAAGAAAUCGUCCUUGACGGUGAUUGCAACAACCCGAACGAGGAAUGGCUAGACUGCGGGGACAACAGCCGAAAAUGCAUCCGAAAGAGUGAUUGCCCGAAGAAGCCUUCCCCUUCAUCCGAUUCAUGCUUCAUCGACCGUGACUGCCCAUCCGGAUUUGCAUGCGGUUUUGGAAAGUGCACCCCAUUGAAGCCACGAACUCCGAGCAGCGCGAGGGCUGGAGAUCGAUGCAGCAUCAAGGCCGACUGUGGGCCAGGGCUAACUUGCCGAGAUUCCCGUUGCGAGCGCGAGCAGAUGAACAGCGGACGUGCUGGGGAUAGCUGCCGCGCUAGCAUUGAAUGUGAAUCUCCUCUGAAUUGUCAACUCGGAAAAUGCUCGCGGGGAUCAGCCCCUGCGCCACUUCCAUCCCAACAUGAAGGACGUGAGGGAUCUCGCUGCAUCACCAGCUUCGAGUGCGAAUCUCCUCUAAACUGCGAGCGUGGCACCUGCUCCCGCCAAACCUCUGCAUUCACUAGCUUCCCCCAGACCAGUGGCAGAGGCGGAAGUGAUUGCCGUAAGGAUAUUGAUUGCGAUCCCGGCCUCCUUUGUGCUCGCGGCCAAGUUUGUCGCCCCACCGACCGCGAGAAGCGCACCGAGAGCGAGCUGUGCGAAUACACGCAUCAAUGUGAGGGCAUCCUCAUCUGCCGCGAUUCGAAAUGCCAGCGCUCCAGGCCCUUG